CUUGUGGCCGGCUUCUCUCUAAUAUGGCGGCGCGGCAGCCGCUGAGGGUCUUGUGCUUGGCGGGCUUCCGGCAGAGCGAGCGCGGCUUCCGUGAGAAGACCGGAGCACUGAGGAAGGCGCUGCGAGGCCGGGCCGAGCUCGUGUGCCUCAGCGGGCCGCACCCUGUCCCCGAGGCAGCGGGCCCCGAGGGCGCCGGGCCGGACCCGGGGCCCUGCGCUCCGGAGGAGCAGCCUCGAGGUUGGUGGUUUUCUGAGCAGGAAGCAGACGUUUUCUCCGCGCUGGAAGAGCCCACAGUGUGCAGGGGCCUGGAGGAGGCCCUGGGGACGGUGGCACAGGCUCUAGACAAGCGGGGGCCUUUUGACGGACUUCUGGGCUUCAGCCAGGGAGCUGCACUAGCCGCUCUUGUGUGUGCUCUGGGUCAGGCAGGCGAUCCCCGAUUUCCCUUGCUGCGAUUUGUUAUACUUGUGUCAGGGUUCUGCCCCCGGGGCCUUGACCUCAAGGAACCCAUCCUGCAGAGCCCCUUGUCACUGCCUUCACUUCAUGUUUUUGGGGACACUGAUCGAGUCAUCCCUUCUCAGGAGAGUAUGCAAUUGGCUAGCCGAUUCCCUGGAGCCAUCACCCUCACCCAUCCUGGUGGUCACUUCAUUCCAGCAGCUGCAUCCCAACGGCAGGCCUAUCUCAAGUUCAUGGACCAGUUUGCAGAGUGAAGGAUCAACAACUGUCUCUGCAUCUCCCCCACACUAUGUUCCAGCAGCCUCUGCUGUCUGAUGCCAGUCCUGUUCUCACCAGGACCAGUUAGGAGACAACUUUCAGUUCUCAGGACUCACAUAAGCCCUGCCCAUUCCUGGAGUAAAGGGGAGCAGGAGGCCUUAAUGGACUUUGAUACUCAAACAUGAAAAGACCCCCGAGCCCUUAAGAGGAAGGUGAUGGGCAAGCUGGGGCUGGCACCUUCGUGACUGCCACACAAAGUGAUGGUUUGGACUGUGACUAUCCCUCCUGGUAAGCAGCCAAAUGGGCAGCACCAAUCUGGGAAGUACUUCCACUUAUGAGCCCUUAGAACACAUAUUUGAUGGACAUUUUGAAUCCCAGACUAAGGAAGCCAGAGGUCUUGGUGGCUGAAUCAGAGAAUUUGCAUCUGAGGAGUUUGGGGGAAGAGAACACCAAGCAAGACUCUGCCUGGGUUACGUGAUUUUUAGGCGUCCUACAUUCCAGUCUCUGAGAGUGGGGGCUUGUUUUUCCCUCUUAUGUUUUUGACUUUCUCUUUUAUAACUGUCCUAUCACCUUUGAAUUCUGAGCUUGAAGAGUUGGAUGGUACCAGAUAUUGGGUAAAGACCAAAGGCAGCACAGAAUAAAGUGCCUUUUCCUAAUGACCCCA